UUCUGUCGAGCAUAACGUUCUCCUACGGAGACUGUGCACGGUUUUGCCCGCCCGCCCGGAACCUUCAUUCAGCUCCUUAAGGGAGGGGAAGGCGGUCGGGUGGCGCUCAAGAUGGCGGCGCUCAAGCUGGGCGCCCUGCGCCUUGGCAAGUUCGUGACCUUUGUCUCCAGACCCAGUUCACUUCUUGCUAAUCAAUCACGCUGUCUCCAUCAGACCACAGUGACAGAAAAUGCAAGCAGCUCCGCAUUGGCAAAGGAAUCGAGGGCUGCGUUGCCCUCCAAGAGAUUCUCGCUUCCCAGCAACAAGGGGGAGUUUGUCAUCACUAAACUGGACGACCUCGUCAACUGGGCACGACGAAGUUCUCUGUGGCCCAUGACAUUUGGGCUGGCCUGCUGCGCUGUAGAAAUGAUGCACAUGGCAGCGCCAAGGUACGACAUGGACAGGUUUGGCAUUGUCUUCCGUGCCAGUCCCCGGCAAUCGGAUGUUAUGAUCGUGGCCGGCACUCUCACAAACAAAAUGGCUCCCGCCCUUCGCAAGGUUUACGAUCAGAUGCCUGAACCUCGCUAUGUGGUCUCCAUGGGCAGCUGUGCAAAUGGUGGCGGGUAUUACCAUUACUCCUACGCUGUGGUGAGGGGCUGCGACAGAAUUGUGCCAGUGGAUAUUUAUGUCCCAGGCUGCCCACCCACAGCAGAAGCACUUCUGUAUGGAUUGCUGCAGCUUCAGAAGAAAAUAAAGAGGGAAAGAAGGAUAAGCGUCUGGUAUCGGAAAUAAAUAGACGGUAUAACUGCUGCCUGUAUUUAUGAAGUUUGUAGAUUAAUGAUCUGAUUCUGUGGUGGAGAGUGAUCGCUUUACAUUGUGAUAUCAUCUAUAACGACGUCUUAUAAAUAUCUGUUUCAAAGUUGAAGAA